AUGACGUUAUUUGAGCCGCAUCUCAACGGGUCGCCAACCCGUCUCCAGGAGAUCGAUGCUGCCUUCGUUCGAGCUCACGGCAUCCUCUUCUCUGGCCGCAACCAGGAGCAACUCGCCCCUUCUGUGGACGAGUUCAUCGGGAGUCUCGACAACCACAUUGGCCGGACCACGCGACGAUGGAUGGAGAGUGGUUACUACAUCGGCAUCGCCCUCGGGUGCUCCCUCCUAGAGUAUGGCAGCGAAUCGAACGUCAUUAUGCGAACGAUCAAGUCAGGAGCGCGCGCCGACGAACCGGAUACGGCAAUGCAGGGGGUUGAAGCCGCCGCCCCAUCCCAGAAGUUUCUUGAUGCCCUUGACUUUACCUGCCGCACGCACGAUGUCGUCUUUCGCCGCUUCGGUGACCCCAGCGUCACACCGUAUCUUCACGUUACCCUCUCCUUCCUCUACCAUCUUUCGAAAUUCCCCGUCGCCAUGGGCCAUAUUGAGUCCAAGAUCCCUUGGAAGCUCAUCUCACUCAUGCUCAACACCCUGGUCGGCACUUGCUCACGUUUUGACAAGAUUGAGAACGAGGCAUUUCCCCGAAACGAGAAGGAAAGCCCACGCCCGCUACCUGACGACUUCGCCCAGCGCGGUCUCCUUUGGGUCGAGAAAUACUACCCAGCCGACUGGUUUACCGCCGCCAAGAUUGACGACGAGGAGAAAUAUUUCGAAGUUGCCUCCAUGAUGGAGGAACGGCAGGACCGUUGCCUCUGGCUAGGAAACCGCUUGGCAUCCUCGGGCGCAUGGCUCACGUACGAUAAAAAUCUGAGGCAGUUCGGCGUGGCAUCGCGGUAUGCCAUCGAGAUCGACAACUUGCCAACGGUAUCAGAAACAGAGAGUGGAGCACCGACACAGCCGAACAGAUGGGGGAGAGGAGAAGACGGUGAUGUGGACAUCCCAGAUGCGCCAGCAAGUGCAGUGUAG